CCAGCAUGCCGCAGUACAAGCUGACAUACUUCAAUCUGCGAGGACGAGCAGAAAUCAGCCGCUACCUGUUUGCCUAUUCGGGCAAGAAGUAUGAAGAUCACAGGAUAGAAACAGCAGACUGGCCCAAAAUCAAACCGACUAUCCCAUUCCACAAAAUCCCCGUUCUGGAAGUAGAUGGAGUUAUCAUUCACCAGAGCCUGGCAAUAGCAAGAUACCUCGCCAGAGAAUCAGGUCUGGCAGGUCAGACACCCGUGGAACAGGCACUAGCUGACGCCAUUGUGGACACCAUAGAUGAUUUCAUGACGCUGUUCCCUUGGGCAGAGAAAAACCAGGACAUAAGAAAACAAGCAUUUGAUGACAUCCUCACCAACAAAGCACCUGAGUUACUGAAAGAUUUGGAUACUUUCCUGGGGGAUAAGAACUGGCUGGUAGGAAAGUCUGUUACCUGGGCCGAUUUCUACUGGGAUGUGUGCAGUACGACACUUCUGUCCUGUAAACCUGACCUGGCAGACAACUACCCCAGGCUUUUGGCUCUCAGGGACAGAGUGCAAGCACUGCCGGCCAUUGCGGCCUGGAUUCAGAAAAGACCAAAGACAAUAAUGUAGAUCAGCUGCUCAGACUGGAAAAAACAAAUGCAUGUUUUAGUUUUCAACAUGACAAGCAUCCUAAGUUAUUAAUGUUAGAAUCGUUUAAAUUACUUUCGGAUGGGUAUGCUGCACCAAAUCAAAAUCUACCACUUCUA